GUUCCGUAGGCAACCAGGUUUGAUGAAGAAAAAAAAAAGGGAAGAGAGGGGGGACAUGCCUGCCUGGAAGAGCAUCUUUCCAUGAUGAAAGGGGGACGGCUCGAGAGGCUUCGUGCAAGGUAAUAAAAAAAAAGAUAGGCGAGGUCUGCCUCGAACACGAUAUCCUGAUAAUGAAUAGUAAUCACGAGAUGCCCCCGUGACAGCUCACCACCGCAGUCGACGAGACGAUGCCGGGGCCUCGCGUGUUGCGGCAAGACAAACUGUUACCACGACUACUACCCAUUGCUACCGUUGCUACCAUCUCCCUACUGCCGGUGCAGGUCGAUCAGGCAAAUCGAUCGGCGCACAGGUGCGUUUCGAGAUCUCUGGGGCGUUUGGUUGUUUUAGGCAAGGAGGGUGGGCGAUGGUUAGGCGACGCAGACGGGCCUGGUCCGGGUUCGACAUCCACACCUGGUUUUUACCACGGCCCCCCUUUGGAGAGAGUAGUAAGACUUUACAAAGAGAGGGGGAAAAAAAAAGGAGAGGACCUCGAUAGGCGACGGAUGAUGAUAUCGCACCGGCACGCAUGUACGUCGACGCCUUACUUGCGGCGGUUUCAAGGUCUCCUUCGCCCAUCCGGUGUGGGCAGGGGUUCACUCCCAACAGAGUGGGCGGAGGUGGUGCGCAGCGCGAACGGAACACAUGUGGCACGUGUAACCCGUGCCCGACCCCGAUUAAUCAAGGGAGAGGAGGCCAUGCGAGACAAGAGCAGAUCGGUAACACAUCCGGAUAUACAGGUAUGUACGGGAUGUAGGCAAGUAUGUACGUACGUACGCACGAACGCAGGAGUGCAGGGACUGGAAGGGGGACUGGAAGGGGUUCGCUUGUCUAAGGCAAUUCCCCCCCCUCGACUUUUUUCUUGGUAGGCAGAUAUAUCUUGUUGCCCCGGAUGUAGGCA